AGCAUGUUUCUGUAUGUUCAUUGACAGGACGCACAGACCUUUAAGAGAUCUUCACCAUGCAAACAAGAACGUUGCUUCUAACUCUCACCCUGACACUAGGGUUCAGUCUGAUGGCAACGGGAGAACCGCUCCACGCUCAGUGCAGAGUCAUAUGGCUCUUUGGGAUCCCAUGUCAGGACGUUUUUGUGAGUCUGGUGAACCAAAUCAAGGCCUGGAGGGGCAUGUCUGGAUGUAUGACUGUUGGACAGAGAUGCCUGUAUGAGCUGGUUUCGGCUACACCUUUCCACAUCGUAGCUAAACAUACCUCCAGACAGUGGACCAGCAAGCAGGACCUGACCUUUCACUUGGUGGCAACCGAAGAAUCUGUCUGUAGAGUGACGGGAUAUUCCAUCUCAAAAUCAUGGGCCAGGCUGGAAGACAAUGGCACAACCUACUGCACCCUCUACAACCUCAUUGAGGGCAGCGGGCUGGUGGAUGCUGAGGGCUAUAAGAUGUACACAAAUGAAUGGAUUUGUCUGGAGUACUCAACUGCCAACUGCACCAUCUACUGAUGAGAUCUGUUGGUCUUUGAUAUGAUUUAAUACACUGACAAAGACCACAAAACAUUUAUGAAUUGCUCUUUAUUCUCUAAGUGUAGCUUUUAGUAUUUUUGCAAUUUCACAUACAGUUAUAUAGUUAUUCACUGUUACUAAUGCUUGACAAGAUAACAAUGUUUGAAGGCAAAAUGCAUUAUUGUUUUAAAGGCAAACCAUUAAAACAGGUGUGUUUUCAAA